CAGGCUUCGCUUCUAGAGUUUCAAGUACUCCUUGUAUUUUGGCAACCAUAAAAAAAUUAUUGGUAAGAUUCGAUUGCCUUGGCUGAGUGCAAUAACAAAUGCACCAAAAAUGACUUCGGCGCAGUUAUUACGAUGAAAACUGAAAAACUUAUUCAAUACUGUCAAUUAGAAGUUAAAAUUUUUGAAAAUUAAAAUAUAAAAUAUAUUUUUCAUUUUUGUUUCGAAAAUUUUUCUAAACUAAAAACAAAAUAUACAAUGAAUUUUGCUGGUCGGAUCACCCUUAGUCGCUUGAUGUGUUUGAUGGUAAGACAAAAUUUUCCGUGUGCAUGUGAAAAAGGUAUAAAUGAUCAAAUAAAAAAGGAGUUGCAAGCCAGUUAUGAUUAUAUGGCUAUAGCUUAUUAUUUUAAUAGAAGCGAUAUAGCGCUUCCUGGUAUGUUUAAAUUCUUCAAACAUGCUAGUGAUGAAGAACGUCAGCAUGCAGAAUUAUUCAUGGACUAUCAGAAUAAACGCGGUGGGACUAUUGAAUUGCAAGACAUAGAAGCACCUAAUAAAAAAGUUACUUCGAUUAAGGAAGCAAUGGUAGAGGCACUUCGUAUGGAAAAGGAAGUCAAUCAGUCACUAUUGGAUCUUCAUGCAACUGCUACCAAUGAAAACGAUCCGAAUUUGUGUGAUUUUCUUGAGGCGAAUUUCUUAAGUGAACAGGUUGAGGCACAAAAGCAACUAGCCGAUUAUAUAACACAAAUUGAACGUUGCAAUGAAGAAUUGGGUGAUUUUAUAUUUGAUAAAAAACUGGCUAAAAGUGGUUCUGUGCACAAGGAAUAAGUAAAUCAAUAAUUUGGAAACAUAAACAAAUUUUUCCGUAGUUAGUAAAGUGAUGUGAUGUGAUGGAAACUGUAAUAUUAUUUUAUCAAUCUGAGUUGUAUGGAGUGUAAGAGUGCCUAUAUUUUGUGUUAAUAUACUUACGUAACAGUAUAACUGGUCUGUGGUAGUUUAAAUAUAUCUAUUUAUUUAAAAUAAAUUUAUUUUA